CACUCCCUUCUUCUUCAUAAAUACCCCUUUUUAUCUCCUCCCAAAAGCCCCAAAGGAGAGAUCAAUUCCCAUUCCCAUUCCCACAAAAUGGCCAUUAGAAAGGCAAACAAACUCCCACAACCCACAGUCCUCAAACAAAUCCUCAAACGCUGCUCAAGCCUUGGCAAAAAAACCAACAAUGGCGGCUACGACGACAACGAUCUCCCCGUCGACGUCCCAAAGGGUCACUUCGCCGUGUACGUCGGUGAAAAUCGGAGCCGAUUCAUCGUCCCGAUCUCCUUCUUGACCCAUCCAGAGUUCCAAUGCCUUCUCCGACAAGCCGAAGAGGAAUUUGGGUUCGAUCAUUACAUGGGCCUCACCAUCCCUUGCCAAGAACACGUCUUCAGAUCCUUAACCUCCUCCAUGCUUAGAUGACUUAUUAUCCCCCUGAACCAGAGCAAGAACAA